AGGAGGCGUCCAGAGAGGAAAGGGAGAAAAAGGAGAGACGACCACAGUUCCCAUGAUGCCUGGAGGGGAGACUACAUUUCCCUUGGUUCCUCGCGAAGGGGCGUGAGGACAAAAGACUGCAAGUCCCGCGAUGCUCCGGGCGGGCAGGUGGCGGAGAUUGAACCGGAAGACGCUUCUCGAGUGUGUGGAGUUCGGUGACUGUUUUUUGAGCAACCAAAAGUCCGAUAUGAAACUGUACUGCCUGUCUGGGCACCCAACCUUACCAUGCAACGUGCUCAAAUUCAAAUCAACCACCAUUAUGUUGGACUGUGGACUGGACAUGACUUCUACCCUCAGUUUCCUUCCUUUGCCUCUGGUUCAAAGUCCCAGGCUGUCUAAUCUUCCUGGCUGGUCCCUCAAGGAUGGAAGUGCUUUCUUGGACAAGGAGCUGAAGGAGUGCUCAGGUCAUGUAUUUGUGGAUUCUGUGCCUGAAUUCUGUUUACCAGAGACUGAGCUAAUAGACCUGUCUACGGUGGAUGUGAUUCUCAUCUCUAACUAUCAUUGUAUGAUGGCACUGCCCUACAUCACCGAGCACACUGGAUUCACGGGCACAGUGUAUGCCACAGAACCCACCGUUCAGAUCGGCAGGCUUCUCAUGGAAGAGCUGGUGAAUUUCAUUGAAAGAGUGCCAAAGGCUCAGUCUGCCUCCUUGUGGAAGAGUAAGGACACACAGAGGCUGCUCCCUUCUCCUCUCAAGGACGCAGUGGAAGUGUCAACCUGGAGAAGAUGCUACACAAUGCCAGAGGUGAACUCUGCCCUCAGUAAAAUCCAGCUGGUGGGGUAUUCUCAGAAAAUCGAGCUUUUCGGUGCAGUCCAGGUGACUCCUCUAAGUUCUGGCUAUGCCCUUGGAAGCUCCAACUGGAUUAUCCAGUCUCAUUAUGAGAAAGUAUCUUACGUCUCUGGAUCCUCCUUGCUCACCACACACCCCCAGCCCAUGGACCAAGCUUCUUUGAAAAAUAGUGAUGUUCUUGUUCUGACAGGGCUUACACAGAUUCCCACUGCAAACCCAGACGGCAUGGUGGGAGAGUUCUGCAGCAACCUAGCCCUGACAGUCCGGAAUGGGGGAAACGUGCUGGUGCCCUGCUACCCGUCCGGGGUGGUCUACGACCUGCUCGAGUGCCUCUAUCAGUACAGUGACUCAGCCGGGCUCUCCAGCGUGCCCCUGUACUUCAUCUCUCCCGUGGCCAACAGUUCCCUGGAGUUUUCCCAGAUUUUUGCUGAGUGGCUGUGUCACAACAAGCAGAGUAAGGUGUAUCUCCCAGAGCCGCCUUUCCCGCAUGCAGAGCUCAUUCAGACCAAUAAGCUAAAACAUUACCCCAGCAUCCAUGGAGACUUCAGCAAUGAUUUCAGACAGCCGUGUGUGGUGUUCACAGGGCACCCUUCCCUCCGGUUUGGGGACGUGGUCCACUUCAUGGAGCUCUGGGGAAAAUCUAGUCUCAACACUGUCAUAUUCACAGAACCGGACUUCUCCUACCUGGAGGCGCUGGCUCCCUACCAGCCGCUGGCCAUGAAGUGCGUAUACUGCCCCAUUGACACGAGGCUGAACUUCAUCCAGGUGUCCAAGCUGCUUAAAGAAGUGCAGCCCCUGCACGUGGUCUGUCCUGAGCAGUAUACGCAGCCGCCCCCGGCCCAGUCCCACAGGACAGACCUUGUGAUUGACUGCCAGCCCCCAGCCACAUCCUAUCGGCGGGCCGAGGUCCUCACCCUGCCCUUCAGACGUCGGUACGAGAAGAUCGAGAUCAUGCCGGAGCUCGCCGAUUCCCUGGUGCCCAUGGAGAUCAAGCCCGGCAUCUCCUUGGCAACCGUCUCUGCUGUUCUGCACACCAAGGAUAACAAGCACGUGCUUCAGCCCCCUCCCAGGCCUGCCCAGCCCACAAGCAGUAAGAAGAGAAAGCGGGUGAGCGAUGACGUUCCCGACUGCAAGGUUUUGAAGCCUUUGCUGAGUGGGUCCAUCCCUGUGGAGCAGUUUGUGCAGACCUUAGAGAAGCAUGGCUUCAGUGACAUUAAGGUGGAAGACACCGCCAAGGGCCACAUCGUCCUACUGCAAGAAGCUGAGACCCUCAUCCAGCUCGAGGAAGAUUCCACCCAUAUCAUUUGUGACAAUGAUGAGAUGCUCAGGGUACGACUGCGGGACCUUGUCCUCAAAUUCUUACAGAAGUUCUGAGUGGGACAGCCAAACCAUUCACACCUCCUGAAAUCCUACAAGCCCUCACUGCAGCUGCCCAGCCAUGUCUCUGCAAUGUUCUGUGGCUCUUAAGGGAAACCAUCUGGAGCAAUAGCCAGGGUCUCCUGGUCUGGAUUCCUAGCACUGUUUCGGGCAAGAAGUUUCCCUUUUAACUUGAAGCUCACCAUUUUCUUCUGGACUCUUGUCUUGAGGAACCGAGGAGCAGCAUGCGUGUGACCGACGAGGCUGACGGUGGACAGGAAGUAAGGGAGCUUGCUUUUCAUGGUGCCCAGGCCACAGCAGGAGAACUUGUCUUCAAUUCUGCACUUAAGAAAGAUGUGCUCCAAAAUUAAUAAGAUGAACUCACAAUGUGAGCCCAUUUUGCUAUUAAAAGCUUUUAUUUUUUAUAGAAGUAUCUGUGCCAUGUUGAACAUGCAAGCAAUAUACUGGCUUAGUAGCUGUAAAAAAUAGGAAAAUAUACAGAACAGCAGGAACUUAGAAAACAUCAAAGCAAAUUUUAGUUCAAUGGGUGCAUUCAAUCAGAUAACCUAGCAUGGUUUACAAUAAAUACAGAUGUAUUUCUUCUUUAAUUGUAUGAAAAGGUACUUAACUUUAAGCUCUGUCUGCAUAAAGGCAGCGACACAGAUCAGCAGCAGCCUCACUUCACCUUCAGCGAGGGCCGUGCCAGCAAUUCUGACUGCACCAGUUGGUCACGGCUGCCACCGCCCUUCCCACAGAGCUUCAGUCUCUGCAUUAAACCAAGCAUUACACUCAGUACACACAGAACCAUUAGCAGUAGGAAGGUUUUAGAGAAAAGUAACCUUUCACAGAAAAUAACUGCAUUUGCAGUAGUUACCAGCUGACAUCUAGUCUAAGCACACGUUGUAACACACAGGCUAACUUGACAGGUACUAAACUGUGGUCUGAGAACUGGUGGGCCAGGGUAGGAGGCCCUGCUCGCCUGUUCCUCUUACCAUCUCUUUAGACUAACUGAAAUUCAGUCCAAGGUCCGUCCCCCAACUCAGCUGACAGCUCACCAUCACAAAGCACUUCAGUGAGCAAGAAACAUCUAACAAGAACUACAGAACUAAUUGUUCGGGUUUUAUGGAGCAUUGAUUAUCAGUUCUCUUGAAAUAUCAGCAGGAAUGAAUCGUUAAAGGAGGAUAACCUCAUUUUUUCCAUUUGCAACUUUGCCAAACUUGGGCACAAGAAUCCUGAACGUUUCUGUUUUCCAAGGUACGGGUCAUUCCAAUCAAGGGUCUCGUCUCAGGAUGUGUUAGGGAAUAAACUAGGGGCUUACCACAGGCCAGGACUGACACUGCAGGAAAUUGAUGUGCCACGGCUAAGAACAUUGCAUUUUGUUUUUAGGAAGAGAACUGUCAAUGUGUGUCACAUGUAGGAACAGUUCCUAACAACUUUUGAGAGAAUCCAGUUAAAUUUUAAAAACAUCUUCAGAAAUGCAAAACCAGGGUAAGACAGAACUCUGAAAUGUCCUAGCAUGCUCUGUCUGGGAACAGUGCGGUGUGUCAGCCUGACUUCUGUUAAAGAGCUUGAUCAGAGAGCCUCAGAGCAAGGAUCCCGAGAGAGAUUGGUUACAAAGGAGACCACGGUAUGUGAGUACAAAUGAGUUAGUAACUGCCUAGCAGACAGGAAAUAAUUGAGAAAUUAGAGGUUUUAAUCGAGUCAUCACCACCCACUUAGGGGCAGAAGCCAGAGGCAGUAAGAAGCAAAGCAUCUGUAAAGCAGAGAAAACCCAGAGCUGGCCUCUCCCAGUACCUGGAGAGAGCAGUGUGAGUAACUCCACCUAAAAUUCAGAUACUUGAAUACUCAGGUUGGUUAGUAGAAGCUGCCUGGGAGUGCUGUAAUCAUCCCUUCACACUGAUAAUGACCUGGUGAAGAAUCUGACACCUAGAAAAAAUUGCUACUGAAGCUCAGUGGAAUCCUAAUAAGUGGUAACUGAAAAAAAACCUUAAAAACUGUUAUGUAAGUCUUUCUGCAAAGUGGUAUAUCAGGUAUCUAUUGUUGCAUAGUAACUUACCCCCAAACACAGUGCUUAAAAGAAUACACAUUUCUCAUCUCACCAUGUCUGCGGUCAGGAGUCAGGGGUGGCUUAGCCAGAUGCUCUAGCUCAGGGUCCUCUCUCCAUACACUGCAGUCAAGUUGUUGGAUGAGGAAACCGGACAGGGGUUGAAUGACUUUCCCAAAACAUAUCAAGUAAGUGGCGUCUGCCACACCUUGCCAUCAGGUCUGAGUCCUGGUGAGCAGCAGCUCCAGGAAGAGGAGCCCAGCUGCUUAGCCCAUUACUCUCCAAACACCUGCUCCUCCUCUUCUGACCCCUGGAAAGCACAAAGCUUUCAGCCUUCACAUUUCUCCUAUAAAGGCAGAAGUUUGCCUUUCCAAACAUAAUGAAGUAGACACAGAUCCAUGAACCAAGUAAGCAGUUUGGGGGGAGGGAGAGGGGGACAUCGUCUUCCUGGGCCCUGAGCUGAAAGCUGCCCCGUUGCCUCAAGCCACCUGUCAGAAAGUAGGUAACCUGGACCUUCCACUUUCACCAUUGCUUUCAAGUCCAGUGCAGUGGGACUGCACCUGUACGUAACAUUGUCCUUCUCUGAAAUUAAAAUGGGGUAUAAAUAAGCAACUGUUAACUCUGAAGUCACAAAUUCUAGAGACAGGCAGUGCAGAACCGAGCCAUAGAGUCCAACUGCACCAGGGUAGAGCUGUGGUAGUUGGCAUCACCUUCUCAAGACCAAGUGCUCUGUGCUAGUCCAUUAUAGGUUUUAGUCACAACAGUAUUUUAUAUGCAUUAUUUGAACUUUUCAGUGACAGGACCACAGAUUUAUUUUUGGAGACAGAGUCUCAAGCUGUUGCCCUGGGUACAGUGCCAUGGCAUCAUAGCUCACAGCAAUCUCAAACUCUUGGGCUUAAGCGAUUCUCUUGCCUCAGCCUCCCAAGUAGCUGGAACCACAGGUGCCCACCACAAUGCCCAGCUAAGGACCACAGAUCUUUGAAAGGGGUUUUACAACUACAUCUCAUCAUUAGGCAUGCCGAAUAUUUAUUUCUCUCAUGUUGGUUUCAGAGGCCACUGGAAAAAAUGGAGAUGUAGCCCCGGCCUAACAGUUCUUGUGUCAGCAGGAUUUACUCUUACCGUUCUCUACAACAAACCACAGUAAUAAUUCCUAAUCAUUUAUAAAUCUUCCUUAUGUACAGCUAUGGAGCAGAGAUUGGUAACAAUGGCCUACAACCCAAAUCUGGUCCAUAAGCUAGGAAGAGUUGAAAAAAAAACCAAUCACACAUGGUCUUCAAGCCUAAAAUGCUUACCUAAUUCUUCACAGAAAAAGUAUGGCAAGCCUUGUUCCAAGUAUUGUGUGUUAAAACAUUUUGUAAGAGUUAAAUAAUGGGGCGGCGCCUGUGGCUCAGUUGGUAAGGCGCCGGCCCCAUAUACCGAGGGUGGCGGGUUCAAACCCGGCCCUGGCCAAACUGCAACCAAAAAAUAGCCGGGCAUUGUGGCGGGCGCCUGUAGUCCCAGCUACUCGGGAGGCUGAGGCUGAAUCGCUUAAGCCCAGGAGGUGGAGGUUGCUGUGAGCUGUGUGAGGCCACGGCACUCUA